AUGGAGGAAGCAGCUGUCAGAAGCGAUGGCUUGUUCAUCCCGCUUAUCGACUUUUCCCAAUUUCUGAACGGUAACCCGGAACAGAGGAAGCAGACUGCCGAUGCUAUUCUUCGCGGGUUUCAAACAUCCGGAUUUAUCUAUCUGAAGGGUCUGCCCGUCAAGCCAGAGUACCGGAAGCACGUAUUUGAUACGUCGGCCAAGUACUUCAGGCUUCCCGUCGAGACCAAGAUGUCUCACUGCUGGACCACACCCGAGGCGAACCGGGGUUACUCGGCGCCAGGCAGAGAGAAGAACACGGACCUGACGGACACGGACGCCAUUAAGAAGUUGAGGGAUGCAGUACCCGACCUAAAGGAAAGCCUAGAAAUCGGGCGCGACGACGAGCCCGGUCACGCGAAUCAUUGGCCCGACGAAGAAGGCGAGCUGGUAGGCUUCAAGGAGACGAUGCUCGACUUCCAUAACAAGUGCAAAGAAUUGCACAUCGAAGUUAUGCGCGCCAUCGCUGUCGGCCUAGGUAUCGAAGAAUCAUGGUUCGACAAGUACACCGACGUCGGGGAUAAUACCCUGAGGCUCCUUCACUACCCCGAAGUUAAGAGAGACGUGUUUAAAAUUAAUCCGGGACAGGUCCGCACCGGCGCGCACAGCGAUUACGGCUCUAUCACUUUGCUAUUCCAGGAUUCCCAGGGCGGUCUGCAGGUACAGAGUCCGACGGGUUCCUUUGUCGACGCGGCGCCCAUCGAGGACACCUGCGUGGUAAACGCUGGCGAUUUGCUAGCAAGGUGGAGCAACGAUAAUAUCAAGUACCAUUCAUCGCGUCGUAGAACCCCCAUCCCGUCGAGACGACAUUUAUCCGGCUAG